GACUGUAGUGUACAUGUUACAAAACAAGGUCCUCCGCUGAACUUAGUGUAAUACGUAACGAUUCCUCUGUUCACAGCUGGGAACACAAAGGUGACUAUGAGUAUGUCACUUUAACGACGUGUUCAUUAGGUGUACUAUGCUCGCUACUAACCUGCCUGUGAGCCCCAAAAUGCAAGACGAGAGUGAACUAGAGCCAAACUCUGGAAACUGGUCCUGGUGGCCAUCUUGGCGACCGACAUCUAUGUCACUGUUAAAGAGUGCUGAGGCCAAGAUUCUUGCAUGUAUUCAGAAUGAAGUGUGGUCCCGAUUUGUGACGUUGCCAAACCAGAACAGAAUAUGGACCCUUACGGUGACUAACAGGACAGCACGCAGACCUUCAGACCAAGCUUCUCAGACCCCACUAGUCAUGGUCCAUGGGUUCGGAGGAGGAGUCGGGCUAUGGAUCCGAAACCUGGACUCUCUGAGUCGCUCGCGGCCUGUUUAUGCCUUUGACCUGCUGGGCUUCGGUCGUAGCUCCCGUCCCGCAUUCCCCACUGAUGCCUCGUUGGCUGAGGAGCAGUUUGUCAGCUCCAUAGAGCAGUGGAGGCAGACAGUGGGGCUGGAGCACAUGAUCUUAUUGGGUCAUAGCCUUGGAGGUUACCUGGCAACAUCAUAUUCCAUUCAGUAUCCUGAAAGAGUCAGUCACCUCAUCCUGGUGGAUCCCUGGGGCUUCCCAGAGAGACCCAAGCCUCAGCCUGAAGAGUCAUCCAGUCAGGGUUCAGAGGUUAAGAGGCCAGGACCGCCUCGCUGGGUGAAAGCAGUGGCCUCUGUUGUCACCCUCUUCAACCCUCUGGCCAUCAUCAGAGCAGCGGGACCGUGGGGGCCAGGGUUGGUGAAUCGAUUCCGGCCUGAUUUCAAGAGCAAGUUUGAGGACCUUUUUGAUGAUAACACUAUGACUGAGUAUCUGUACCACUGUAACGCUCAAACACCCAGUGGUGAGGUUGGGUUCAGGGCCAUGUCUGAGUCUCUCGGCUGGGCGAAGAGGCCAAUGGUCCAGCGAGUCAACCUACUGCCCCCGUCCUUGCCCGUCAGCAUGCUGUAUGGAGCGCGCUCCUGGGUGGACAGCUCCACUGGCAAACAUGUGGCACAGAUCAGAGGCCAGAGCCCCACCAGAGUAAUGUUGAUUGAUGAUGCCUCUCAUCAUGUGUACGCAGACCAACCUGAGGAGUUCAGCAGAGUGGUGGAGAACAUCUGUAAUACUGUGGACUGAAUGUUACCACAAGUGUAAUGAUAAACAAUCGUGCAUGUGAGUGAGUGAGUGCUACGAAACCUGUGUGAGUCCAGGUGUUAUAAGCCUGGGUAUUAUUAUAUAUGUAUGGGCCAUGUUUUCUAUAAUAGAAGAUGGACUAAACAUAAGGGCGAAGUUGAGUGUUGACCUCCACACGCUGACAACUUUUCACAUCUUCUUACUUUGUCAUUUUGGCUUAGUGAACCAUACUGAAUAUGAAAGAACUGUCUUUUCACUGGCUUGAAACUUUUUGUGAGCAUCCUUCUGCUCUGUAAUGUAUUUUUUACUUAUUGCUUUGGUGCUGUUAUGUUUACAUCACUUUCACUUGCAGCAUUAGAAAAUUGUGCAUAAGCUAUCCAUUAAUUUAUCUUUCAAAAAGAAGUUAAAUACAGGACUGCAGAGAAACGCAUACCUAUUCAGCUUAAGACUUUAAUUUAAAUGGUUUAAGUAGUCAUAACUCCUAAAAUAUUAUGUAAUAUUCUCUGAUUGUAACAAAUGCUUGUAUUUUAUAACAUGACAAUACAGAUUUGUAUGUUUUAACA